UAAAGCAUUAAACAAUAUCAAGAAUGAUAACCAAAACAUAAGGUCGAAUUUCAUUUAUAGAAGGGGAGAUCAAGUAAGAAUGAUAACCAAAAAAUGAGUACGGAGUAGUAGACUAGUAGUAGCUUGAUUAAAUACUCUUUAAUUAAUUAAAAGAAAAAAUAAUAAAAAUCAUUUUCAACAGCCCACCUUCGAAUCGCCAUCUCCAUACAUACUCUCUGUCCUCUCUCUCUCUCUUCAUUUACCGUUUCCCCAGUCAACACGGACAACUCCUCGAAAAACCCUAGAAACCUCCUCAAUCUUCUAUUAUACAUUCAUUCAAUUCAAUUCCUUCUCAUUUCAAUUCAAUCCAAUUUAAUUGUUCCAGAUUCAUUUGUUUCCCAGCUGAAUUUGUUACAAAAAUUAGCUAAAAUGUCGUCGGAAAUCGAAAUAGUUGAAGAAGAAGUCGUGCAAUCGAGAGAUCGAUCAAUGGCGGCGGAAGCUUCAUCGUCGACUUCAAUGUUGGAGGAGAGAGAAAAUGAGGAGAGUUUGAAAGACGAUGUUUACACUGCUGCGGCGUAUGGUGAUAUGGAGAAGCUUCAGAGAUUAGUGGAGAGAGAAAAUUGCUCUGUUUGUGAACCUGAUGCUCUUGGUUACUUUGCGUUGCAGUGGGCUGCUCUGAAUAAUCGUACUGCUGCUGCUCGCUACAUUCUUGAGCAUGGUGGAGAUGUAAAUGCAGCUGAUCACACUGGGCAGACAGCAUUGCAUUGGAGUGCUGUACGGGGAGCAGUCCAGGUUGCUGAGCUUCUCUUGCAAGAGGGUGCUCGAGUUAAUGCUGCUGAUAUGUACGGUUAUCAGACAACUCAUGUUGCAGCCCAGUAUGGCCAGACAGCUUUCCUUUAUCAUAUUGUUAUGAAAUGGAAUGCUGAUCCAGAUGUUCCAGAUAAUGAUGGAAGAAGUCCUUUGCACUGGGCAGCAUACAAAGGAUUUGCUGAUUCUAUACGUCUUCUUCUCUUUUUAGAUGCUUAUCGAGGACGGCAAGAUAAGGAAGGUUGUACCCCUCUCCAUUGGGCUGCCAUUCGAGGGAACUUGGAGGCCUGCACGGUUUUGGUACAAGCUGGAAAGAAAGAAGACCUGAUUGUGGCUGAUAACACUGGACUCACUCCAGCACAAUUGGCUGCUGAAAAGAAUCACAGACAAGUUGCCUUUUUCCUUGGAAAUGCUCGAAGGUUACUCGACAGACGUUGGGAUCCAAACAGCUGGCUUGGGAAACUCUCAAAAUUAGGACUUGCUCCUUUGUUGUGGUUUAUUAUUUUGUUGCUACUUGUAUUGUAUGCACAUUCAGUGAUCUUGGAUGCGAAGCUUCCAAGGUUAACAAUGGGCUUUGGCCUUCUUGCAUGGCUAGGUUUUUUCCUAGCUACCGCUGGAUUAGUCAUGUUCUAUAGAUGUAGCAGAAAGGAUCCAGGUUAUAUCAGAAUGAAUGUGCAUGAUGCUCAAAAUAUGAAGGAUGAUGAACCCUUGUUGAAAAUUGAGAUAGACAAUCCUGCCCUGGUCGCUGGAAACUGGUCCCAACUGUGCACAACAUGCAAGAUAGUCAGACCUCUUCGUGCAAAACACUGUUCAACAUGUGAUCGUUGUGUUGAACAAUUUGAUCACCACUGCCCUUGGGUGUCAAAUUGUAUUGGCAAGAAAAACAAAUGGGAGUUCUUCAUGUUUCUUGCACUGGAAGUUUCUGCUAUGAUAGUUACUGGCCUAGUCACUCUUAUAAGGGUUGUCAGCGACCCAUUGGCUCCGUCUUCUUUUGGAGCAUGGCUAAAUCAUGCUGGUACUCAUCAUAUUGGUGCCAUAUCAUUUCUACUUGCUGAUUUUUUCCUCUUUUUUGGGGUGGCUGUCUUAACUGUUGUCCAAGCUUCUCAGAUAUCUCGUAAUAUAACAACAAAUGAAAUGGCUAAUGUAAUGCGUUACAGCUAUCUGAAAGGUCCAGGUGGUCGAUUUAGAAAUCCCUUUGAUCACGGGGCUAGGAAAAAUUGUUCAGAUUUUUUGAUUAAUGGUUACAAUGAAGAUGUGGAGCGUAUUGAAGAAUCAGGUCAUGAAGAAGAAAUCGGGAUGGUGCAAAUGGGAUGCAACCCAAACAUGCCAAAUGGGGUAGUGCAUCCUCACCAAACCAAUGGCAAUGGCCAUAUUGCUAUUAAUGUCGAUCCAAAGAAUUCAGAUACUGGGCAUGGUCAUUCUCAUUCUCAAUGUAAUCAUCAUCAUAGUCAUGGAAGAACAAAUGGUGCUCCCCUAGGCUUGGGUUUGGGUCUCGGUAAAAGUAGUUCUCAAUCCGUAACUGCAUUGUAACACUUGGCUAGUUCAUAGCCUAUUGUUUAGUUGUGUGUACUGUGUAUAUGUCUGUAAACAUUACAGCGAGAUUUAUUAUUCACUAUUGAGUAUUAUCACAUCCUUAUUUAUCCUUUUGAUUCA